AUGACAGUGAAAGACUAUAUUUUCCAAAAUAAUCAAAAUGUAAUACGUAAAAUGAGAAAAAAAGACUUACUUAAAGCAGAUACUGUUGAAUGUCAAGUUGCAGGAGCAAUUUUUGGUAUAAAAGAAGUAUAUUCAGUAAAUCAAUGUGUAGAAGACAGUAAAUUAAGGAAGAUAUUAUUUCAUAAUGGUCAUAUUAAUCUUAUUAACUUUUCUUCUGAAGUAAAAAUUGAUGCAGACAAACGUCCAUUUCAAUAUUGCGCAUUAUUUCUUGCACCUCGAGUUAAUAACCAUUUCUAUUUUGAAGAAGGCAAAACUUUUUGUACAAAAAAAUUGUCUAUUAAAUCACCAACAGUGAUAGAAUUUGUCCCUCUUAAAGGGUGUUUAUUUGGUUUACAAAUUUGUAGAGAAAAAACUAAUGAAACAAUAACUAUAAAGAGUAAUGGAAUUAUUUUAUCUUCAUUCACAGAAGAAAUAAUACAACCAGUUCAUCAAAAUUCAGCACUAGGAAUAAAAUUAGAUAUGAAAUCAAUUGAAGUUUAUGUUAAUGGUAAAAGUCAAAAACAACUUGAAUUUAUUGGUACUGAAUUCACAUUAAAAUAUGAUAACUUAUUACCAAGUAUACUUGAUAUUAAUGAUGGAAUUUUUCCUUAUCGUUAUAAUUAUGGUCCUACUACUCCAAUAUAUAUUCAAAUGUUAGAAAACUCUGAUUUAGCACAACUUCCAGUACGUUUAUUUCAAUUUUUACCAAAUGACUUUGAAACAGAUUUUGCAGCAAUUAUUUAUUCUCAUAACACAAAUUUUCUUAAAGAACUUUUAAGAAAAACAGGUAAACCUAAAUUUUGUUUUAAAAAAGAAAAUUGUUUAAUUGCUGCAUGUCAAGUAGGUGAUAUAGAUGGAUAUCAAUUUGUCUUAGGUGAUAACAAAAGUAACACACUGUUAUUAUACAAUCUUGUCUACGAUCUAUUACUUGGAGAAAUCACAUUGAAUAAAAAAAUAAUCUUAUUUGAUAUUAUAAAAAAAGAGUCAAACAAAAUAUCACUCUCUAAAGCACUUGAAAUUAUAGGAUUAAUUGGAGAUAUUGAAUUAUUUGAUGAAUUAUAUCAAAUUUACUUAAAUACUAAAAAAACAAAAUCACCAUUUAUUCUUCCUUUCGAUAAAAUAUUAAAGAAUUGUGUUAUUGCUAAUCAAAAUUCAUUAUUUUCUUAUAUCUGUUCAUUACCUGAGAUUAUGGAUUUGAGUUCUCCAAGUAUAAAACUAGUAGUAGAGAGUAUUCUUACAUUUGGAACUACUCAAUUAUUAACAGAGUUUAUGAACAGUUGCCAAAUCAGCGAUUUGAGAGGGACUGUAAUUACAAUUAUAGAUACUACUAACUCUGAGGUUAUUAAAAAAGCUAUUGAAUUAGGAUCUUCAUUUAAUGAAACAUUGUUUUCUUCAAUCUCAACAAAUUUUAAUUUAUUUAAAACGGUUAUUGAAUUAGAUCCUUCAAAAAUAAAUAGUUUUAAUGGUUCAGAUACUUUAUUACAUUAUGCUGUAAAUAAAAAAAAUGAAGAAGCAGUGAAAUAUAUCAUUUCAAAAGGAGUUGAUACUGAAAGUAAAAAUAAAGAUGGAAUUAUUGCAAGUCAAUUAUGUGAUAUAAACUCAUGUAUUUUAAAACUUCUUCAAAAAAGACCAAUAAGUUAUUCAUUGAGUGAUGAUAUUGAAGAUUAUAAUGGAGUUGACUGCAAUUAUCAGUUAUUUAAAAAAGAUGGGGAAGUGUAUGGCUUUUGGAUUAAUAAAGAAACAAUAUCAUACGGACUCUUUAAAAAUAAAAAAUUUAUAUCAGUUGUUCAAAAAAAAUUACCAAAUGAAUAUGAUUGGGAAAAUUUUGUUAUUGAAAAAACACAAUUUUCAGAUAAUAAGUUAUAUAUUAUAAAUAGAGUAAAUAAAACAAUUAUUGUUCGUUGGGAUUUACAAAAUAAUCUUAGCGUUAUUGAACCAAUAGAUAUAUUAAUGAAUGAAUGGAACUAUUGUAUAUUUAAUGAUACACUUAUUUUAUUAUCACAACAACCAGAUAACCCAAAUAAUAAAAUUUUAUACCAAGCAAAACUCACAAAUUUUGCUCCAUUUGUAAAAUUAAUAAAUAGCUCUAUUAAAACAUCAUCUGAUAUUUUAAUUAAUGUUAAUGGAUAUGUUGCAGUCUUAGACAUUGAUGAAGAAGUUAUUGUGGAAGGAGUUAAUGAAAGAAAAAUUCUUGGCUUAAGAAAAUUAAAAGAUGCAGUAUCAAUUUUUAAUGGAAUUGAAUGGAUACAUAAACAAUUCAGUGUUGUAGAUAAAAUUUCUAAUGAAAUAAUUAGGAAAGUUAUAUAUAGUGAUAGAUAUAUAUAUGUAUUAUGUCAAGGAAAAAAACAUGUAUUAAUAGAUUUAUUUACUGAAAUGAUAUUUGACAUGAGGACAGCUAUUGAUGUCACAUAUAAAAAUAGAGAUUUAAUCUCAUUAACAGACGACCUGAUAAUUGGAGAUUCAAUCUUUUCAAGUGAAGAGGUUCCUAAAUUCUCACAAUCUAUAUACUUUUUAAUGAGUCUUAUAUAUGAUGCUGAUGUUUUCACAAUUAUGUGUAUAGAUGGAAAUAUUUAUUAUGAAUUGUUUUUAGUUAAAAUGUUACCAUUCUUUAAAGAUUUAAUUAAUAAAAAAAUAUUAGUUACAAAGGUUCAUUUAAAGAAAAGUGUUGUAAUACCAUUAAUCUCUAUGAUGAUCUCUGGAACAACUUGCUUUGGAAAUAAUGUAGUUCUUGAACAACAAAUUAAUAUCUUAUUAACUGAAUUAGCUAAUAAUAUACCUGACAAAAAUGAGAAAGAAAAAAUAAUUGAUGAUAUUAGAAAAAUAGGAGGUGAAGAAUUAGUAAAAAUGUAUUGCGUUCCUUUUAGUCAAUGGCAAGAAUUACAUAGACUAAAUGAAAAUGAAGGAAAUAUUGUCAUUAUAAUUGAUGGAAAGAAAUACAAAACUUACAAAGCAAUGCUGGCUUGCCUAUUUCCUAUACUAAAGCAAGUUAUUUAUGAAGAGGAAUGUAAAGAAAUUGUUAUUAAAGAUCCAUUAAUGAAAAAAGUUCUCCCAUAUUUAAAUGACUUAGAACACAAAAACUGGAGAGAAGAGUUUUUUACUUCAUAUAUAACAAAACAUAUUGAAUGA